AUGAUGCUCAGCAAGGCCCCGUUGGGGGUCCAGAUCAACACCCGGAGCCGGUCCCUGCUCGCCUGCCGGACCGCUCAGGUGCCUCUGAUUGGCAGGGGAUCCAUUGCGGCUCCCCUGAUCAAGCCCAGUCAGUGGGUGCAGCCCGAGCAGAAGCGCGGGCAGGAGACUCUGAUCGCGCGUGCUGCCGAGGAGUCCAAGCAGCUCGACCCCUUGGAGACGGCCGUGUCCAAGGUUGUGGGCGCCAAGAAUGCGCCCGCCGCUGUGACCCUGGGCUUCAUCGCGCUGUGGUACGCGCUCAACGUGUACUUCAACCUGCUUAACAAGUCUAUUUUCAAGUACUUCCCCUUCCCCUACACCGUGUCGACGGUGCACGUCGUGGUCGGCACAGCCUACUGCGCGGCCACCUACUUCCUCGGCCUCAAGAGCUGGUCCUUCGGCAGGGCCAUCAGCAAGGCUGAGUUUGGCACGGUGUUCGGCCCCGCCGCGAUGCACGCCAUCGGCCACAUCGCCGCCAACAUCUCCUUUGCCGCCGUCGCCAUCAGCCUGACGCACACCGUCAAGACCCUGGAGCCGGCCUUCAACGUGCUGCUGUCGCGCCUGGUGCUGGGCGAGGCGACGCCGCUGCCUGUGGUGGUGACGCUGCUGCCCAUCAUGGCGGGUGUGGCGCUGGCCAGCGCGGGGGAGCUGUCGUUCAACUGGACGGGCUUCAUCAGCGCGAUGCUCUCCAACCUCACCUUUGGCUUCCGCGCCGUCUGGGGCAAGGCCGCUAUGACCAAGACCCUGGACAGCACGGCAGUAUACGCGUACACCACGCUCAUCAGCAUGCUCAUCUGCGUGCCCAUCGCCCUCGUGAUGGAGGGGGCCGGCCUCGGCGCGGGCGCCCAGGCCGCCAUCGCCAAGGUCGGGGAGUCGCGCUUUUACCUGGACCUGUUCCUCGUGGGCCUGCUUUACCACCUGUACAACCAGUUUGCCUUCAACACCCUCCAGCGUGUGUCCCCUGUGAGCCACGGCGUGUGCAAUGUCGUCAAGCGCGUUGUGAUCAUCUUCUCAAGCGUCAUAUUCUUCAACCAGACGCUGACUCAGCAGGCCCUCAUCGGCACGGUCAUCGCCCUGGCCGGCACCUGGCUCUACACCGAGGCCUCGUCGCGCUUCAAGACUAAGAAGGCCCCGCCGCCGGCUGCGCCCGGCAAGCCCGCCUCCGCAUGA